ACCGCGUCGCAGAUGGUUGCGUGCCACAGACAAUAAAAAAUCUGUUUUAAAAAGUUUCACUGAACAAAAAAGUUUUAACACGAUUUAUGAUAUUCGCGGAAACACAAGACGAUUUGUAGUUUAUGAAUUCAGUUUUUUUGUGUAAUGUUCUGUGAUCGUUUGUAGUUGUCACGAAUUUUUCUUAUUACAUAAAUACGAGCCCAGUGUCUAUUUUACUAUAAUCUAAUAAUAUGGUGGAGGCUGAAUGGAUUUGGUGCUUGCGUCGUAGAGUUGUGACGACGGCUGGCUGACAUAAUUGACGGUUGACAAGAUGGCGACUUCCGGUGACGUCACUAUAGCGCAGGAUGGCGGCCAGGGGAAUGUCAAAGCGCAUCCGUACUUGGUGGCUUUAGUACGAUGGUGUGUAUCGUGUCUAUGGAGUACUGCCACGUUGCUAAUACACAGGCUGUUGGCUGGACACGCCCUGAGACCUUCCAUUGCAGCGAGCAAGCCGGUGAAGCAACGAGUGGCCGGCACGGAGCACCUCCAUCCGAUCCCGAAGGUGGAAUGCCAGGUGCUACACGCGCCCACCCAUCACAGCAUCGACGUCAUCUUCGUGCAUGGACUCUGUGGAUCCCUCGGCAACACCUGGAGACAGGGUGACUGGCGGGAGAAGUACGAGCUCGAACCCAGCAGGGUUCCCCUUCUGAGACCUUCACCCUGCCAGUGCAUAGACAAACGAACCCAGAAGAGCUUCGAAAACGACUUCAAAAACAUCGACGACUUGUACAAAUUCAAGAAACUCAUUUCCAACGAUGAAGCGUUUACUACGGAAAAGUUUUUCAACGAAACUCUAGAUCAAGUUGAGAUAUUAGAUAACUUCGAAACGCAAGCUCAGUUCGUUCGUGAUUUAUUCGAAAAUGAGAAUAGAGAAGAGAAGUGUGAAGAAGUGAAGCCAGAAGAAGUGGAUUGUGUGUGCAAAGUGACUGAGGGUAGGCAGUGUGAAGUGGGGUGUGGGUGUGUGUGUGAUGAGUGCUAUUCCACUUGCUGGCCAAGAGACUGGAUUAAGGAAGACUAUCCUGAAGCUAGGGUCAUUUCUAUAAACUAUACUAGCGACCCGUACUUGUGGAGGCCGUUGUGGAUCAAGCAAUGCAAAAGGCUGCGGCUACACGAGAGAGCGGAGCAGAUGACGAAGCAGCUUCUAGAAUUAGGCGUGGGAGAGAGACCGAUCAUUUGGGUCGGCCAUUCGAAAGGGGGACUGUUUAUCAAACAGAUAUAUUGCGAAGCUUACGAAGCCUAUUUGCAGAGUCAAAAAGACAAUAUUUCUAACACCCUCACAAAAACAAACGAAGAAAAAAAUCAAUUUAGAGACGAAAAUGAAACGACUAAUGCUAACGACAUUGAAAAUAAUAACGACAAUGUAAUUAAUGAAAGAAACGAGAAGGCAAUGAACGAGUUAAAUUGUAAUAUUAAUGAAGUUAAUAAUAUUGGAUAUGAAAACGAUAAUGUGUUAAUAGAAGAUAGUGAAAAAGAAAUUGUAACAGAAGAUGAAAAUAAAGAACAAUGUAAUGAAUCCAAUGCAGAUUGUAAAAUUGUGAAGUUGGAAAGAGAAAUUAGUGAAGAAGAUUCGUCUUCAAACAGUCAAGAAGACUCCAGAUCGCAGCAAGCUAGCCUCUGGCUGAACAGUGCCGGAUUCAUGUUCUAUUCAGUGCCGCAUCGAGGCUCCCCGCUGGCGGACAUCAAGACGCCCAUCACGGCUAGAAGCAUUGAGAUCUUGGAAAUCAGUAAAGAUUGCUCCCUCGUCCUGUCCCUGCAGGACCGGUGGUUGAAGGCGACGGACCCGUCCCGGCCGCCGGUUCGGAGCCUGGUGGAGACAUGCAAGACUCUUAUGUCGGUGCUUUGGUUGAGGAUCGUGAGCGUGCCUUCUGCUGACGCAGGCAUAGGCUCUCUAUACGGCGUCCCAGUUGACCACAGAGAGAUAUGCAAGCCGACCAGUCGCCAUUGUAUGCUGUACAAAGAACUGAUGACCCUUAUGCAUGCGGCGCUGAAGAAAUGCAGGUGCGAGAGCGAGACAGAAGAUUCUUUAUCAUCAUCGGAUCAGCCAUAGGACGUCUGCUGAUUCAAACCGGCCAAACUGGGAGAUUCUUAAGAUCAUAGCACACUUAUCAACCUGGAAAGGAAUCAACACUGUAUUGCCUUUCGAGGCGAUUAACGCCCGUAUUCACAAACAUUACUAUGAGGUCUCACAGUGCGUCAACCCACAGGAUGACACGAACCAAUCACAGAGCUCUAUUCGACUAUGUGCGUUCGAUUUGCUGCUUCACUUAAGCAAGCAUCGUUUGUGAAUACGGGCGUAAGAUACGAUGUGGAUAAGUGUGCGUUGCAGUAAGUACGGAGUUUCGUAUAAAGAAUACUCACCGCAGAGUUGAUACGGUUACGAUCCGUUUCCGAGUUGAUAAGUGUGCUUCGUCCUUUAAGCUGGAGCUAACUGGUAUCAGCUAAGGGCAAAAUAAGUCCUAGAAUAAAGUCAAGUGUCCAAAAUUAUGGACAGGUCGAUUUUACAACCAAAAUAAUUUAUUGUGCACGAUUCAGACUUUAACGAAUGCUCUCGAAUUCUUUCACAAGUUGGCGCCUUACCCAGUGGCGCCAACUGAUGAACGUAAAUAUUAUAGAACUGUCCAUUUUGAAUACACUAGUUGGCGCCCCUAUCAAGUAAGGUUCUGUCACUUACCAAGGGGCAAGCGUAAAUAUGAUAGAAAUGUCUCGUUUGUUUGCACAUACCACUUGGCGCCACCCUUAAGUCAUUUGCCGGUUGGCGCCACUAUCGAGUCACUUGCCAUUGGCGCCAACUGAGAUAGCCAGCACGGUACCAUUUAUUUACCAAUUAUUUCAUAGUUACCUCAGAUUGUGAUGCUAAACUUGAUUCCAUUACAGUAAAAAUGUAGUUUUUUCAAUAGUAUGAUUAGACACAUUUAUGUGUUUUGAAUACAAGAAAAAUAUGUAUAGUUACCAUAGUAACAUCGUGACUUAAAAUAGUAAUUAUAUUAUUUAAUUGACCAGCAAUAUUCAUAUAAAUAUAACUAUUUUAUAAGCCAAUCCAAGACGAAAUCGAAUAGUUAUUGUAUUUUUACUAUUAUACCAUAUUUU